AACUGUGGUCAAUAAAUUGGAAAAGAAGAUUUUUUAGGCUAAGGUGCUUCCAACCUAGACGUCAAGCUGCUUUCAAAAAAGUUUAUUUUUAAUUUAUAAGAUGUUUAAAAAAUUUGAUGAAAAAGAAAGUAUCUCAGGAAUUUUACAGCUAAAAUCAUCUGUACAGAAAUCAAUCCGUUCCAAAAUAUUGGAGUCUUACCCUCAUUUAGAGAACUAUCUAGAUACUAUUUUACCAAAAAAGGACGCUUUUAAGAUUGUUAAAUGUCAUGACCAUAUAGAAGUUUUGAUAAAUUCUUCAGGAGAGCAGCAAUUUUUUAGACAUAGGGAGGGUCAAUGGAUGCCAACAUUAAGACUUCUUCAUAAAUAUCCUUUUUUCUUGCCAAUGCAGCAAGUAGAUAAAGGUGCUAUAAGGUUUGUUCUAAGUGGAGCUAAUAUUAUGUGUCCAGGUUUAACUUCACCAGGUGCACAAAUGACUGAAGUUGAAAAAGAUACUGUAGUAGCUAUAAUGGCAGAAGGUAAAGAACAUGCAUUAGCUAUUGGAAAAACGACUUUAUCAACAGCAGAUAUAGCCAAGAUCAAUAAAGGUAUUGGUGUGGAAAACUGUCAUUAUUUAAAUGAUGGAUUGUGGCAAAUGAAAGCUAUUAAAUAAUUGACCUAGUUUAUAGGUAUAUUUAAGAAAUUAUUUAUAAAAUAAACUAAUAUACGCAAUGUU